GGCUUCUUUCUCACAAAAGCAAUCGAUACUAACCAUCUCUACUACUCUCUUGCGCUCUGUUACUGCUAAAAGCUCUCUUUUCGUUUCAUUUCUAUUACUUUGCUGCUUUAAUUCUCUCUGCAUUUUCAUUAUCAAUGGCUGAAAUGAAAGAUUGCCACCACCACGUAGUGGAAAUCCCGGUUGACGAAGAGCACCAACAGAAGCUCUCGUCCUCCAUGACCAUCAUUUCGGCAAUCCAACACCACCCAUUGAUGGAAAUCUCCGAGAGCCCCGGCCAUUUGCUUCUUCUCAAGCUCUGGCGAAGAGAAGAAGACCUCUUCGGCCGGCGGAUCGCUCGGAGGGAGACCCGAAUGGAUCUCAUCCGCCGCGAAAUAUUUCAACUCUGUUGCUUCUUCUUGAUAUUUCAUGCCUUUUUCUUGACCAUCUUGUUCACUUCUUCGUUAAACUCCGAGGAGGGGAGUUGCCAGAAGUGGUGGAUUCCGAGCAUUCUUUCGGUUUCGACUUCUGUUGUGUUUGUGGUUCUUGUGCAGGUGAAUCUGUGGAGGUACUGGAAGGUGUGGGGACAGUUGCAGAGGGAGAAGAUUGAGAAUCGAGCUCUGGUGAGGUGUAUUCAGGAGUUGAGGAUGAAGGGAGCGAGCUUUGAUCUGUCCAAGGAGCCGCAGAGUGGGAAGAGGAUGAAGAGCUCCAGUGUCGAGAUCAAGUGGAAGCCGAUCACUUGGUGCUCGCAGAACUUGAUCACCAUCUGCCUUGUUUGCUUCGCAGGUUUGGUGUUUCCUGCAUCCAAAUUGAUGCUUUGCAGCGGCUUCUGAGCUUGGGGAGAUUCUUAGUUUAUCUUCAUCUUUCUAAGGUGUUUCCUGCCUUGUAGAUUUAUGAUCUGCGGCAACUUGUGAGCUCAAGGAUCUGCGGCGACUUUGAGCUCGAGGAGUUUCCUUUUGAUGAUCUUUCUCAAGGCUGUAAAUUUGAAAGAUAUUGCAACUGAGAAGGGAAGCAUUGCGAUUCAUUGCAAAGUAAAAAGUAACAAAUCAUGCCAAUAUCAUGCCAAUUGCAAGAGCAUCAUUAUGUUUCGAAAUGAGAUUCUGCUUGCUCCUGAAGAAGUGCUUUGCAAGAGCAUCAUUAUGUUUCAAAAUGAGAUUCUGCUUGCUCGCUCCUGAAGAAGUGCUUUGUUAGGCACAAUUUUGGGAUUGUGUGAAAGGCAUCGGAAGCCUACUAGCAUCAAGUAUCUGUCAUGGUGGCUCUUUCAAUAGUCAUAUCCAUCCUUGACUUCAAAUCUUUACAAGAGAACGGUCCGAUCACUAUCCAGACUCAUGCCGACAACCAAAGUACAUUCCUUUCGGGUCUCUAGUAUAUGAAAGAGAGGAAAUCGAUCUUAUCUCCAUAAUGACCACUCAAAUCUAGUGCCUGCUAAGAGAUGAGGCCAAAAGAUGAGGAUUAUGCGGCAUCUGCGAAUGCAAGAGGCUUAUAUCUCUACUACUUCCGGUCAGAUGGGGGGAUCACUACUUGUGUGCACUCUUUAUAGAUGUAAUGAUGUAAUCUCAAAUAGAUGUAAUGAUGUAAUCUCAAAUAGAUGUGCACUCUUUAUAGAUGUAAUGAUGUAAUCUCAAAUAGAUGUAAUGAUGCAAUGCAGACUUCUCAGUCAAUUAAUGACCACUCAAAUCUAGUGCCUGCUAAGAGAUGAGGCCAAAAGAUGAGGAUUAUGCGGCAUCUGCGAAUGCAAGAGGCUUAUAUCUCUACUACUUCCGGUCAGAUGGGGGGAUCACUACUUGUGUGCACUCUUUAUAGAUGUAAUGAUGUAAUCUCAAAUAGAUGUAAUGAUGCAAUGCAGACUUCUCAGUCAAUUAAUCUACUCGUUUACAGCAGCAUGGAA